UUUAGAGAUUCAACAGCAACCCUUGACACCAUGGUGCAGCAAUUUUCUUAAAUCACUGAUUUAUAAUUCUUAAACAUAGAAUAAUCACUACAGCAUAAAAGAUGUAGUCUUGAAAACACAGAGCAAGGAUAUUCUAUUAAAAUUUGACACCAGCUUCCUUCAUAACAAAUAACAAAGUAACCUUCCAGGUUAGAUUAUACACCUGCUGGUAUAUAAAUCGAAUUGUUAACUAUUAUUAUCACUACAUUUAGAUACGAAAAUUUAAUUACAUGGGUUUGUCAAAAUAUCUCGUUUAAAUAACAUAAUGGUUAUUUUUUAUUUUAAAAACAUAAUUUUUCACUGGAAAAAUAAAUAAUAAUAAACUUAAAUUUGUAGCAUAACCUAUAAUAAAACCUAUUCAUUGGUUACAGUUGUUGAACCUACUGCCGUGUUGUUUUUGAUUUCCUUUUUAUAGUUUUAAGAUAAGUGUUUGCAGAUUUCAGUCGACUGCAAUUUUUUUGUGUACAUUUGUAGUGAAUAAUUGUUUUUUUAUAACAUGGAUAAGGACGAAAAUAUAGAGGAAUUCCAAUCUAUUCUUGACAUAUCAAAACCAUCAACAAGUAGUGAACCUACACUUACUGUUAAGCCCUCAGAAACUGAUGGAGCUAGCUCUUAUUAUUUUUCAAGUACACAAAAUGAACAGAUUUUGGUUAACAAGUUUUUGGAUGGUGAAAUGAACUUUGCAGAGUACAUUGAAAAUGUGGGUAUUGAAGAAAAUGUAGACGAAGUUGAUGUUGGAUCAAAUGAAGCUCAGGAAGCAGUUGCUGAUACUACCAAUAAAGUAGAAAAAUCUAGUUUACCCAGUAGAUCUAAGAAACCUCAAAAAUUACCUCCUGCUUUAAAAGGACUAAUGGGUGAAGCAAAUUUGAGAUUUGCUAGGGGUGAUAAAGAAACUGCUGUUAAAAUUUGUCUAGAAAUUAUAAGGCAAGUUCCUACAGCUCCUGAACCAUUUCUUACAUUAGCUGGGAUUUAUGAUGAGAUGGGUGAUCAGGAAAAAUUUUUACAAAUGUCACUAGUGGCAGCUCAUCUAUCAUCAUCAGAUCCUUUUGAAUGGAUCCAUCUCGCUGAACUAUCAGAAAAGUUAGGACAUGUUAGACAAGCUGUAACUUGUUAUUCUAAAGCAAUUAACUUAGACAUUUUUAAUAUGGAUUUACAUAAGAGGAGAGCAACACUUCUUGAAAAAUUGGGCGAUAAAAAGACCGCUGUUAGAGGUUACUUACGUCUUCUUUCUGCAUUGAAACCAGAACAAGGAGAAUUAAUUCUUGUCACUUCUAAGUUUAUUGCUGAAUUGUGUCAUAAAGAAAGUGAUUUUGUAAAGGCUAGUGGUGCAUUAGAUGUGGCCAUAGAGAAAUGUCCCAAUUUAAUAAACUUAGAAUUUAUUAAUUUACAAUUAGAGCUAUUGAUACAACUAAAACAAUUUCAACGAUGUCUUGAUCUUAUGGUAAGGUUUUGUAGCUUGAGCGUUGUUAUGAAUGAUGUAGGUGAAGUUUUAGAUUGCACCAUUCCUCUCGACUCGCCUAUUGAUAUCUUAGCUAAGUUAAUAAUUGUUUUGAUUCAUUUACGGUCGAUACUAUUUGCUGAACAAUUUUUAAACCGAAUAGCAGAUUUAAAUCCAGCUGAAGUUGGUGAUUUAUAUUUGGAUAUUAUUGAUGCUUUUGUUGAGCAACAUUAUAACGAAAAAGCUGACAAAUUGCUUUCUGUUCUUGUACAUUGUGCUGAAUAUAGUUUACCAGCUGUUUGGUUAAAAUAUGCUGAAAAUCUUAAGGUAUUAUCCCGAUUAGAAGAAUCAGUGAAAGCAUUUUACGUAGUGCUAGAACAAGCUCCUCAACAUACAGAAGCUAGGAUGACAUUGUCUUCCUUACUUGUCCAACUUGGGAGAAACGAUGAAGCAAUAGUAGUCUUAACUCAAAAUGAGGAAUAUGACUAUCUUGAUGUUGGUUUAUUUUAUGAGAGAUGUUUACUGUUAAAACAUGAUAAGAAUAGGUCAGAUGAAUUAAUAAUGGUUAGUCAGGUAUUCUUCUCGAGGCAUUCGACAUACAUUAGGAACAAGGAUGAGCUUUCAUGCAUAUCGAUAAUUCAACGUUAUGAUAAAAAAAGAAAUGCUGUAAAACAAGUUAGAAAAACUAGAAAAGAACCUGAAGAAGACAUAGAUAAUCCAUCAUUCAAAAAAGAAAACCAUGGACCAAGUGUAGAGGAAGAAUGGGAGUUGUUUAAAUAUGUUUGUAACAUGUGUAUUGAGACCAAGAGGUAUAAUGCAUUUCAGAGGUUAACAUUCACAGCUCAAUUAUCCACAAUUUUUCAUGUUUAUAAAUAUGAAAUCGAUCUUUUAAGUGUUUUAGCAGCAUAUUUUAAUAAAGAUUCAUUUAAUGGAUACAACAUUAUAAGAACAUUAGUUGCAAAAGAGCCUGAUAAUGUUAGACUUUGGCAUUUAUUCAACUUGAUCAUAACUAAAUCAGACGAUUCGCGACACCAUAGAUUUAUCAUGAGACAACUUGCUCGAAACUGUGACCAUCCUGCUCUUGGGCUAUUGCAUGGCAAUAAUUGUUUAGUCUCUGGGACUUAUAAAUAUGCAAUGCAUGAAUACAGCUCAGCCCAAGUUAAAAAUCCGACUGCUCUGGGUGCAUUAUUGCUAGGUUUAACGUACCUUCAGAUGGCUGCUCAAAAGUUCACCUCUAAAAAGCAUCAUUUAGUAGUUCAAGCAUUAGGUUUACUUACUCAAUAUAGGGACUUAAGGGGUCAUGAAGGACUUCAAGAAGUACAUUAUAACUUAGGAAGAGGUUUUCAUCAUUUAGGUUUAUUAACACAGGCUAUUUUUCAUUAUAAAAAAGUUUUAGAGUUGAAAGAAGGAUUAGUUAUGAAGGAUCCAAUUUUUGAUUUGUCUAGAGAAGCAGCCUUUAAUUUACAUCUUAUUUACUGUCAGUCAGAAUCUUAUGAACUAGCCAAAAUGUAUUUGGAAAAAUAUAUUACUAUUUGAUCGUAGACAAAGUGAGAUGGUUCUGAGAAUAGAAAACAUUUCCAUCAACCAUAGUUAGCUGCCAUUGGAAUUCUACAAAUUAGAGUUAGGCAGCUAAAUGGUAAGGUUAAUUAUAUAUGAUACAUGUUGUUAUUUAAAAAAAAAAAAAAUAUAUAUAUAUAUAUUUAUUAAAUGCCACUCUAUUUUAAGCUAUAUAUGAGUGACCUCAUAUCGAAGACGGACGGACAGGUCCUUUUUAAAAAGUUGAAGAAAAAAAAAGCGAGUUAUUUUUUUUCAUUAGUAAGGACACAGUCAUUUUAAGAUUUUUAUCAUAUUUAUCUCCCAUGAUAUCUAGAACAGUCGACUAACUUCCUUCAAUGAUUUUUUAUUCAUAAUUCAACUUGAAAAUUCUUAAAUAAAAUAAUCUGAAACCGUUUGAGUUGAACCAAGAAAACGAAAAUUGACUUUUAUUCCAGUUUCAGAAAAUGACGUCUGACUUUGAUAUGAGACCGCUCAUAUACUUUUCUUCAUUUAAUAUGAUUGUUGUCUGUUUCUCAUUGUGAAGAUAGUUUUAUUUUUUAAAUUGUAACAUUUUAUUUAUCGUGUUAAAUUUUAUACUCUGUUUUACAGUAAUUUUGUAUCUGUGAUAUUUGUUUGGUGUGCCAUUGUACUUAAUAGCAGUAAAAGUUUUCAUACACGGACUGAUACAAAUUUAAAAAAUCAAUAAAAAUGAUUCUUUUGUAUAUUUCUUUUUUAUUUGAACGCUUAAAUAUAAAUACAUCUGUUUUUAGUACAAAGUUAAAUAUAAAAAGAGAAUUUAAUAGCAGCAAAAGUUUUUAUACAUAGUUAUAUUAAAGAGUAUCGGCCUUAGGGCAGUGGAGCCUAUAGGGGGCACCGAUCAUCAGCAACAGUGCUCGUUGCUUGUUAGAAAUUAAGAAGAAAAAUACAAUAUGUAUUAAAAUUAAUUAUGUUUAUCCUACUAAAACAACUGUAUUUGAGAAAUAUUGAAUAACAGCUUUAAGAAAUAAAUUCAAUUUAAUUGGGGAGGGAGAUGAUGUUAUUGCCUGGGGGUAUCUAACAUGUAAGGCUGGAACUGAUAUGAAACAAUAAUUUAUUUAUUAUUUUACUCAUCAUCAUCAUAAUCCUUUCCCUCUCUGCCCCUGCGCAGUGUAGGGAUGUCCUCUAUAGUGCUUGAACCAUGUGUCCCUCCCCUCCAGCCCCAUGUGUCCCUCCUUCUCCUGCUCCAGUCCAGCCCUUGCUUCCUGAACGCCUCCCGCACGGCUUCUUCCCAAGUGAUCCGUGGUCUUCCUCUUGGUCUUCUACUGUCUACUCUUGUCUCAUAUGUUAUCCUGGCCGUUCUUUCCGUGUUCAUCCUUAGGAGGUGCCUGAACCACCUAAGUUUAUUCUCUUCCAGAGUGGUUUCUAUCGGCUGUACCUUGAGGUUUGAUCUAAUUGUCGUGUUACGGAUCCUAUAUCUCCUGGUGUUUCCCUCAAUCUUUCUUUGGUACCUCAUCUCCAUUGUCUGGAUCUGCCGCUUGUAUUUUGAGGUAAGGGCCCAUGAUUCAGAGGAGUAAGAGAGGAUGGGCAGGAACGUUGACUUGUAAACGGAUAUCUUUGUUUUCUUCGUCACUUCUCUUUUGUUAAGGAAACCUUUCUGGAUCGAGUGGAAGAUUCUUCCAGCUGCUCCCAGCCUUCGCGACACCUCUCCCAUCAAUAUAGCCACUUUCAUUGAUGCUUGCACCCAGAUAUUUGAACUCCUGCACCUGUUCCAGGAUCUGUCCUUUCAACCUCAAUAUUCUCAUAACUCUGCGGGGACAUCUACCUUUUCUCAUGUAUUUAGUCUUCUGUGGAUUAAUAUCUAUGUUAAUGCUAGAUAGCUCUUCUUGCAUGAUAUUUAUGUUGUAUUGUAGAUCCCGGUCAUCCGCAGCAAAUAUAACGAGGUCAUCGGCAAAAGCGAGAACUCUGUAGAAAGUAGGCUGUAGACUGCUAUAUCCCAGUUGAAAACGGUGCAGUCUGGAUUCAGCUCUCCUCAACGCUUGAUCCAGCACCAGUAUGAAAAGUAGGGGACUUAGGCUGCACCCCUGCCGUAUUCCCUGCGUCGUUUCAAACUCCUUGGAUGUGUGAUUACCAGUCCUUAUAAUAUUCAAGAUCAUGCCAAUGUCAACUUGUCUUUCAGAUAGCUCGCUCUAUAUCCUCCUUUUUAGCUCUGUCAAAUGCCUUUUCUAGAUCCACGAAGCAGACAGAAAGUUCUUUCCCUUUCUCGAUUGACUUCUCUAUGACCUGCCUCAAAGUGAAUAUCAGGUCCUGUGUACUCCUUGAGUUUCUGAAUCCAUACUGCUCCUCUCCAAUCUGGCAUUCGACUACUCUUCUUAUCCUUGCUUCAAGGAUUCUUGAAUAGAGCUUACUUGGCACACUGAGCAGAGAUAUGCCUCGAUGAUUAUUGCAUUCUCUAUUAUCUCCCUUCUUGACACUACCACAGCAAUUGCCCAGUCCUUCGGUAUCCUUUUCUUAUGCCAAAUCAAAUUUAAGAGAUGGAGAAACAUUUCUUCACCUUUACUGCCCAUAUAUCGCAUCAUUUCAGGGAGUUAUUUCAUCAAGCCCUGCAGACUUGCCGAGGUUCAUCUUACAGAUAGCUUCCUGCAGUUCUUCCUCGCUGAUAAAAUCAUCUUCUUCCGAAUACUCCAUCUCCGCAUUGUGGAUCUCAUCCAGAUCAACGUUUCUCCCUUCUAGCAGCUCCUUGAAGUACUCUCUCCGUCUUUCCAUUAUAUCUUCUUCCUGCCAUAAAAUCCUUCCUUCUUUAUCCUUGAUUUUUUUGAGAGAAUUCGGCCUUUCCUUCCUCAUUCCUUUUAUGACUUUGUAGAAGAUCUUUUGGUUCUCUUUUGCAUUUGUCUCCAUUUUGUGACCAAACUCUUCCCAUGAUUUUUGUUUGGAUUGAUGAACUUUUAUCUUGGCCUCAUUCCUUGUACUUUUCAUAGGCUGCAGAUGUUCUCUGGCUAAGGAAGUCCCUCCAUGCUUUAUUCUUUUCCUGAACUAUCUUUUUGACAUCAUUGGUCCACCAAGGACUUCUUUUAAACCCAGAUCCUGCCCUUUUCUCUCCGCAUACCAGUCUAGUAGUAUCAAGAAUAAUUUUUUUGAAUGAUUAUUUUAUUAUUUUACUCAGAUAUUUUAUAUUAAUAUUUUUAAUGCUUUCCUUUGAUUUUAGUGCCAUUUAGACAUUGAUUAGAUCAAAUUUUAAGUCGAUUGUGAGGAUGUUUUUCCUCAUUUUUCAAAUAAUGUAGUUUUAAGAUAUUUCAUUGACAUUAUAUUUUCAUUUCCAAGCUGAAAAUCAACAUCAGCCCAUAAAUUUUCAAUAGGGUUUAAAUCUGGAGAGAAGUUUCAUGUUCAUUUGGAUAAUUAUACAAUUAAUGCAGCCAUUCAAUGAAGCAGGCAAGAAAACAUGCCGGAUUAAAUACGGCUGGGAGAAUAUUAAAACAAUACGGUUUUAAAGUUAACAUACUUAUAAAAAUACCUCAUGAAUUUAAAGAAAUAGAAAAAAGUUAACUUAUAAAAAAAAAAAAACCCAAUAAAUUACGGGAAUGAUAUAAUUCAUUCAGAUGAGAACAAAUUUAAUAUUCAUAGUAUGGAAAAAAAUUGGAAAGGAAUUUGAGCUACUAAAUUCGUGAGCUGUAAUGUUAAGAGGAUCAAGGAAUGUUCUUGUGAGGGUACAUUUGUCUGCUUAGGAGUCGGGCAUUUGUUUUUUAUCAAUAGAUAAUGGAAGAGUAUAAAUUUAAAUUAAUUAAAAAGAAAUUUCAGGGCUGGUUAUGAUAAAAAUGGGUAUAUAACUAACAUAUAAAUUUUAUCAUGUUAAUUAUCUUAGCCCUAACUCUCCCCUCACAACAAUGGAGCUGCUAUAUAAUUAUCUAAAUGUACAUAAAAGUUCUCUCCAGAGUCCAAAUUUAAAUCUUAUCAAAUAUUUAUGGGCUUUUGUCGAUUUUCAGCACAAAAUUCAAAAUAUAACUUCAAGUAUCUUAAAACUGAAUUUUUUGAAAAUUGAGGACUGCAUGCAAAAUGUUAAUUUAAAAUGUUUGAGUAAAAUAAAUAAAUAAAUUAAUGCUCAUUUUUUUUUUUUUUGGCUAUUUCUUUCCAUUUAUCUGCACGCAGUUCUAUUGUGUCUUUGUUGAUUCUAUCCAUUUCCUUUUUGGCCUUCCUGUUUUUUACCUUCUAUUGAGGCAUUCAUUGUUACAUAGAGGCUUCCAAACGGACUGUUACAAGCUACAUUAAACUACGAGCAGCAGGGACCCAUCUUAACUUCCGUGCCUUUAUAUUACGAAAUAUCUCUUGACCAGUUUCUGUUAGUAGUUCUUUAUUGGUCUUUCUUCUCCAUGUGUUAGAACUCUGAUUCCAGAUCGCUCUGGUUAUCGUGCGGAGGAUUUUCCUCUCAAAUCUUUCAACACUUUUUUCUAGGGUCCUGGUUAGUGUCCAUGUCUCACAGCCAUAUAUUAGAACUGGCUUUAUGAAUAUGAAUUAUAACUUAUGAAAACUUUUGCUGUUAUAAAAUUCUUAUUUUAUACUUUAAUUUUUAUUAAAAAUAUACGGUGAAGGCACCAAUUAUUGACGCUUGUAUCUUUUAAUUUGAUGAAUAGUCAAUUUUAUGAAAAUUGAUGAUUGGUAUUGAAUUUAAAUGUAAGCAUUAAAGUAAAAACAGAAGUUUAUAAAAACUUGCUGCCCACUGCAGAUAGAAAAGCUAUUAUAGAAUAUUUAAAUUUGUUUUUCAUUUUUUUAAUUUUACUUCAUAAUUAUUGCUAAGUUAUUUAAAAUAUAUAUAUAUUUUUUUAGGUCCAACCGGCAGAGAAGGAUCUGUAAUAAUGGAGAUACAAUGAAAAAAAUCCAUGAUACUUUUAUUAUAGAAUAUGUAUUCCUUUAAAAAGGUAGGUAUUCUAGCUCUAAUGGUCUACAUGGUCCUCUGAUGUUAUUAUCAUAUUCAAACAAAUUUAGUAUUCUUGGAAAACAUGUUUGUGAUCUCUGAAACAUACUACAGAAUCCAACAUGGACCUUUUCCAUAAGAAGAUGAAAAUCAGCAGCAGAGUAACUAUUGAAUGUCGAAGAGGAGCUUUUUAUUUUAAUAAUUUUUAUAUUAAUGUUAUGACAAUUUUCUUUAUAUAUAUUUUCACAUUAAAAGAUGUUUCAACAAUUGUUUUACUAUUAUUUAAACAUAAUGCCCUACUAUAAACAAUGUCUUAAGUAAUAUUUUCUUUUAAUUUGUGAUUAUUUGAAUUUUGU